CAGCUGAGCCCGGGCUUCCUCGUCGCUCGGCGGUUCCUUGCGCGUACCUUUGCAGCCAAGGAGCGCAGUCGGCGCAGCUCGGGUCGCCUGCCCGUGGUCCUCGAGGAAGGAAAGGGUCGGGGAGGCGCGGCUGGCGGGGUGGGGGAAGGCAACAUGGCUGAUGAUUUCGGUUUCUUCUCCUCGUCGGAGAGCGGAGCAGCCGAGGCCGCCGAAGAGGACCCGGCCGCCGCUUUCCUGGCUCAGCAAGAGAGCGAGAUCGCGGGCAUCGAGAACGACGAGGGCUUCAGCACCGCCGACGGGGCCGCGGGAGGCAGCCAGGAGGCAGCCGAGGCGCCGGCUGAUUUUGACAGCAAUGGGGCCACCAUGAACGGAGACCUCUAUCAGGAAUCCAAUGGGCCCACGGAUGCCUAUGCAGCCAUUGCUAGAGCUGACCGGUUGACGCAGGAGCCUGAGAGCAUCCGCAAAUGGCGAGAGGAGCAGAAAAAGAGACUGCAGGAGUUGGAUGUGACCUCCAAGGUGUUAGAGCAGGAAUGGCGUGAAAAGGCCAAGAAGGACUUGGAGGAGUGGAACUUGCGGCAGAACGAACAGAUGGAGAGGAACCGGGCCAACAACAGGAUUGCUGACAAAGCCUUUUACCAGCAGCCGGAUGCCGAUGUGAUUGGCUACGUGGCCUCGGAGGAAGCCUUCAUGAAGGAGUCCAAGGAAGAGAUGCCUGGCACCGAAUGGGAGAAAGUGGCCCAACUCUGUGACUUCAACCCCAAGAGCAGCAAGCAGUCCAAGGAUGUGUCGCGCAUGCGCUCCGUGCUGAUCUCUCUGAAACAGACACCCCUGGCCCGCUAGCCAAGCCGGAAAGGGGCUGGGGGCUGGGCCGGGGGCCGGGGUGAGGAUGCCGUGUUGCUCUUUGGCUAGCGGAUUUCGCUGCUGCACAACAACAGGCUUAGACGGCCACCAGUAGGGGACACCAAAAGCAUCCCACCCCUGCCCCUUCCUCUCUCCUCUGUGCGUUUGCGUCACUCGGGCCGAGUGGUUGCCUGUACCCCUCCCCCUUGGUUUUACUUUGCUUAAAGGGUGCAUUGGUAUCUUUUCCCACAUA